CGGGUGGUUUCUCUUCGCAGAUUGAAGCUCGCGCUAUUCCCUAAUCUCCAUGAUAAUCGCUUCGUCCACGCCGUCCCUCUUCUCUCCUGGGCUUUUCCUUUGCACAUGCCCUCGGCAGACAUUCUCUUUGCACACUUUCCUCGCCACAUGUUCCCUUCAAUCCUCGGCCUUCAUCUCCCGGCACAUUCUUACAGCCUUGUUACGAUUUCUCAAUUGCAGCAUCACACGUACCACAUCAGCCGUGCAUCGUAGUCUUACCUAUUAUCCAUAGAAAUCAUGGCCGAAUUCGAGAACGGCGACACAUUCGACUGGUCGCAGCUAUUAAAGCUCGGACCGGAUAACGGCGCGCCCGCUAGCCCUAGCUUGUCCCGCCAGAGCCGGCCGCCGCGGGCAGUCUCGCACACCAUCCGCGAGCCGUCUGACCGUAGCUACACGCCGCAGCCCAUAACCCAGUACGGGGGCCCGCAGCACAACGGCCCAAUUGAGGUUCUCGAUGACCGUGGCGAUCUCAUCUUGGCUGUCGGCGACAACCAAAUCCAGUUUCAAGUCUGCUCGCGCACCCUCGCUCGCGCCUCGCCGUACCUCAGGGAAAAGUACUUUACCAACGACCAUUACCUGGAAUGUGAGAAAAAAGAAUCGGUCGAUGCCUUUGAGAUAGAGAAGAGAUUGUUCUUCCCCGGCAUCGAGUCGCGUCCGUUCCACAUCGUGCUCAUGGUUAUCCAUGGCCUGGAUACCAGGGUAUACCACGAGUUCGCCGACAUGAUGCUGCUCCGCGAUGUCCUCGCCGUGGCACACCAUUUCGAAAUGACGCGCUGCCUGUCGCCUAUUGUGGGCAAGUGGCUCAAGAAGGUCUACAAUAAGGACGUGGCCCGCCACGAUGAGGCCGCCGCACAGCUCUGGAUUACGCACCAACUUGGCCACCUGGGCUGCAUCAAGCAGACCAUUUAUAACAUGGUCAUCAAGGGCCGCUUGAACUCCAGGGGCGACCUCGUUGGCUACGGCGCCUCGGACAAUGAGCCGUAUAUCGGCGACGAACACGUGAGGGCGUUAAAUCUCCUGGCCGAUAUUAUCGCCUGCAGAAAGCGAAUUAUGGACCGUCUCCUGGAAACCGUCAAGCAAGCCGGCGUGCGCGUGGACACGUACGACCACCACCUGAAGAACGCACGACCGCGGGCCGACCGCCCGUGCCGCGGGCGCACGGCGCAGAGAGUCUGCGAGAUGAACAUGGCGACGGCGUUUCGCUGGGCAUUCCGCGCAUCGGAGCUCGAGGGACUUGAUCAGAAAUGCAGCCCGUCGUCAGUGCACAAGCGGAUGAUUAAGAUGGAGCAGCUGACACGGAUGUUUCUCGAGCCGCUGCUUCUGUCGGGCGAGAUGCCGGCCGGUCGUGAUCAUAAGAACUGCAUGAUAUUCCCUCAUGGAAUGCCGAAUCUGUUCGAGAUCGCGACCCGCGAAGUGGAGGCAAUACCAUUUAAGAAAGAAGACAUUGUUAGCCGGGCUGCUGACGUUGGCUUUGAUUUUAGAGAUGGUAAGGUCAAUUGAGCUGUGGGUGCCGAGGCGGCAGGAUCUCGGUUCCUUUCCGUCUCUGUGUUCUCAGAGUCAUGCAUUUCGAAUGCUUGAGUUGUUGGCGGUGUGCGUUCCUAGCUUCGUCUAGACAUGGCGGUGGGUGGUUAUUCUGUUGUGGUAGUUAAUUGGCGUGAGCGUGGGCGGAGAAGCUGACGGCACCUUUUGCCGAGGUGCGCUAGACAUGAGCCAGAGACUUUUGGAGGUUAUCCAGGGAGGCAAUGUCCAAGGGGGUAAUGCCCAGAGGGUGGAAGGCGUUUGCUUUUUUCUUCUUUCUCGUCUUGGCUUACUUUACCACCACCUCAACACUAGAUAGCAAGACCAACUCGACCUACAGAUGGGAAGGAGCCACAGCGGCUAGCUUCACUUGUAAUCAGAACUAUACCAG